AUGGUUUUAUUUUUUGAAAACAAACAGGACUACAAUUUUGACUUUGCAACAGCUAGUCUAGCAUAUCUAACGAGAUACCCCAACCCAUACGCCAAGCACGUGCUUUCGAUAGACACGUUGGACCGAUAUAUCGACAGCACGGGCCAAUUGGUCUCGACUCGAGUCAUUGUGAAAACGGGGCGUCUACCCAAAUUCAUCAAGCCGUUCAUGGGAGGCACCAACUUGAACUCGUGGAUCAUUGAAAAGACAGUGAUAAACCCCCAAAAUAACACGUUGGUUUCGUACACGAGCAACGUCGACCACACGAGAUUUGUCAGGGUGGAAGAGUUUUUAAAGUACAAGGGCGAUGACUGUGCCGGGGUCACUGUGGUGGAGUCCAAAGUGCGCUUUUCGUCGAAUUUGAUUGGGUUGAAGCUGAAGAUUGAGCAGUGGAGCCACCAGCGGUUCCUGACCAACAUUGAAAAGACGAGAAAGGGGUUGGAUUACGUCAUGAACCGGUUGAAGCAGCAGCGCCAGCGCCAUGUCCUGUAUCCGGGAAUAGGGGGAUUGGAGUGA